AUGGCUAUUCUGGAAAAAAGUUAUAUUGAUAGUUGCUGCGUCUUCUCGCGUCUUCUCCGUUUGGGAACGCUUGCUGCGCCUUCUCCGUUUGGGGGAACGCUUGCUGCGCCUUCUCCGUUUGGGGGAACGCUUGCUGCGCCUUCUCCUUUUGUGGGGAGGACGCUUGCUGCGCCUUCUCCUUUUGUGGGGAGGGCGCUUGCUGCGCCUUCUCCUUUUGUGGGGAGGGCGCUUGCUGCGCCUUCUCCUUUUGUGGGGAGGGCGCUUGCUGCGCCUUCUCCUUUUGUGGGGAGGGCGCUUGCUGCGCCUUCUCCUUUUGGGGGGAGGGCGCUUGCUGCGCCUUCUCCUUUUGGGGGGAGGGCGCUUGCUGCGCCUUCUCCUUUUGGGGGGAGGGCGCUUGCUGCGCCUUCUCCUUUUGGGGGGAGGGCGCUUGCUGCGCCUUCCCCGUUUGGGGGGCGAUUGCUGCGCCUUCUGUGUGAUCCUAGCAACUGGUAUCUUAACAAAUUCGUCACCUUGUCUUCUCCGUUUGAAGUCGUCACCUUGUCUUCUCCGUUUGAAGUCGUCACCUUGUCUUCUCCGUUUGAAGUCGUCACCUUGUCUUCUCCGUUUGAAGUCGUCACCUUGUCUUCUCCGUUUGAAGUCGUCACCUUGUCUUCUCCGUUUGAAGUCGUCACCUUGUCUUCUCCGUUUGAAGUCGUCACCUUGUCUUCUCCGUUUGAAGUCGUCACCUUGUCUUCUCCGUUUGAAGUCGUCACCUUGUCUUCUCCGUUUGAAGUCGUCACCUUGUCUUCUCCGUUUGAAGUCGUCACCUUGUCUUCUCCGUUUGAAGUCGUCACCUUGUCUUCUCCGUUUGAAGUCGUCACCUUGUCUUCUCCGUUUGAAGUCGUCACCUUGUCUUCUCCGUUUGAAGUCGUCACCUUGUCUUCUCCGUUUGAAGUCGUCACCUUGUCUUCUCCGUUUGAAGUCGUCACCUUGUCUUCUCCGUUUGAAGUCGUCACCUUGUCUUCUCCGUUUGAAGUCGUCACCUUGUCUUCUCCGUUUGAAGUCGUCACCUUGUCUUCUCCGUUUGAAGUCGUCGCGUCUUCGUUGUGUCUUCUUUGUGUGAAGUAG